AGCAGGGAGAGAGAGAGAGAGACAGUCACAGCAGGGAGAGAGAGAGAGACAGUCACAGCAGGGAGAGAGAGAGAGACAGUCACAGCAGGGAGAGAGAGAGAGACAGUCACAGCAGGGAGAGAGAGAGAGACAGUCACAGCAGGGAGAGAGAGAGAGACAGUCACAGCAGGGAGAGAGAGAGAGACAGUCACAGCAGGGAGAGAGAGAGAGACAGUCACAGCAGGGAGAGAGAGAGAGACAGUCACAGCAGGGAGAGAGAGAGAGACAGUCACAGCAGGGAGAGAGAGAGAGACAGUCACAGCAGGGAGAGAGAGAGAUUCAUAGCAGGGAGUAAAGGAGAGAGAGAGAGAGAGAGAUUCACAGCAGGGAGUAAAGGAGAGAGAGAGAUAUAUAACCAGGGCAGAGACAGGCAGAAAUACGCAGGGCAGAGAUACCCAGAACAGGGAGAAAGAGAUUCCCAGAGAGAGAUUUUUUUUCACAGGGUAUGGGUACAUAGGGAGAGAUACCACAGGUGAGAGACUCAGAGAAAGACAUCCUAGGAGGGAGAAAAAGUGAGAUAUACUACAUGACAGGGACACAGAGAGAGGUACCUAGGGGAGAGUGCAUGUAAAAUCAAACCAAGACCAGUUAAAUCAGGGGCUAGAAUAGACUACAAAGUGGAAUCCGUGUCUGAGGGACAUCCAUAAAGAUAUACCCCCAGGUCAGAAAAAACACAGGGGCAGGACAUAAAUCAAAUCUGGGAGAAAUGAACCAGGGGUCAGAGUUAUAGAAAAAUAAAUGGUGGGUUUCCAAUAGCAACAAAGAGUGUUUUACGGGGUAUAGGAGAUAGGUGUGGACAAAUUAAGCAACUGCUAAUUAUUAGGGGUGUAUUCAAAGCCUGACUGUUGAUGUGGUAGAACCUGUUUGCAAACUGCUCAGGGGCACACAGGUAUCAAAAAUUUGUGGUUGGCUAGAGAUUAUAGACCCUGCUGAAGAGUAAAUUCUGUGUAGAAUUGUGAGACAUGGUAGGAAUAUAGCCUAAAAGUAAGGAUGUGUUUAUUUGAAUUAAGGUUUAAAACCGCGCAUGCGGAGUUUGUAGGACUUUACAUCUAGUAUUGCUAAAGUAGUGGUCAUUUUGGUAUAAGUAGGACACUGGAAGAGGAAAGGGAGCAGAGUGCUUUGUUGUGCCUAUUGUUAUGUUUAGGAUAAAGGAUGUGUGAGAACUGUUUUUAAUUACUGCAAGAGAAAAGGCUUAAGUUAUCUUGAAAUCCGUUGAGAUGCAGCAGUGAGGGAGGUUUGAGAUAAAGGGAAUGUUGUGGAGAGACUCAGGAGGAACUUUGUUACAUUUAAUUUCUGGAAGUUUAUUAGAACUGGGAAAAAGGUUGUGCUGAAGAAAAUCUGAACCGCACAUCUGGGCCGGCCAUGGCUGCCAAUACUGGUGAUGUCUCAGAGGAUAAAAAGAUGCAGAGGGAAGAUGUUGCACCCUGGCCUUCAGGGGAGCAAUUACUGAAUGAAGAGAAAAGUGGCCGGGUUCCUGGAGCCUCAGAAGAGGACAUGAAAAUGCUGGAAGCCAAUCUGUUCCUUAGACUGCAAGAAUGGGGACCCGUGCUCACCGCCGGACAGCGGCUUUUGGUGUGGGAGAGACCACUGCCCAGUCUUCUGACCGCAGCUGCUGUACAUGGGACCUUUUGGCUCUUUUCAUACUUGACUCCGAGGCCUUUCUUCUUGCUCAGUUUGGUGCUCUUGUGUCUGCUGGGUAUAGACCGCUGUAAGGCAUCACUACUUGCUCGGUUUAAAGCAACACCUCGGGUGGAUCCUUCAAGUGAAAGUGAAACCAUGACAGCAGGAGGACCGGACCGCAUGCUAAGUGUCUCGGAGCUGUGCCACUAUCUGGCCGAGAGCUGGUUCACCUUUCGCCAGUACAUUCAGGAAAUCCUGCAAUACAAAAAGCAAAACCCAGGCAGGUUCUGUGCCAUGGUGUGCUCGGGCUGUGCCGUGCUGACAGUCCUUGGGUAUUAUAUUCCAGGCAUUAUGAUCUGCUAUAUAAUACUUCUUAGUGUCCUCCUGUGGCCCUUGGUGGUGUAUCGAGAGCUGAUCCAAAGAAUGUACACAGCACUGGAGCCAGUUCUUAUGAAGCUUGACUACAGCAUGAAGGGAGAACGGCUGCCACGUUCACACAAAAAACGACAAGCAAAGAAGGAACCUGAAGAAGGAGAGCAAUUGGUGGCAGAGACGGACAGUGAAAGCGAGAUUGAACUUUCUGGAUUCUCUCCUAAGCUGGAUGUGAGAAUUACCGCUUUGGCUCUCUCCAUCACUGACUCUGAGUUGUCUGACGAGGAAGCCUCAAUUCUAGAGAGUGGAGGAUUCUCUGUCUCCAGGGCCACCACACCACAGCUGACUGAUGUGUCUGAGGAUUUGGACCAACCUUGCACAGUGACUGAAGACAUGCCUCCCUCCAAGGAACACACAGUUGCACUUCCCUGGCUGGGCCCCUAUGAUAGUGAUGGAAGAGAAACCUCAGUGGAUGAGCCGCACAGCUUGCAACCAGAGUCGUUGACUUUAAAUCCAGAAGAGCUUUUGCCAACUCUGGCUUCUCCACUGCACUUCGUCAAUACACACUUCAACGGGAGAGGUCUGCCUCUUGGACUGGAAAGUGAUAUCCAUCCUUUGAGUGCAGAGAUGUUGGCGGGAACCAACUCUGCUACCGUGCAAGAACAAGGGUCACCCACUGCCACACAGGGACUCACGCCCUCAGAAUCCCAAGAGCCUGAGGGAGAUGGGGAAGAUUUUGAGCUCUUGGAGCAAGUAGAGCUGGAUUUGAUGCGGGAGGCUUUCAAAGAGGCUGAAAAGCAAACGGGCACCAGCAGCAGCUCCGAUUCACCAGCCUCUACCCACCCAGACCAGGAGAAGCCUGCUUCAUAGGGAUCUGAGAGACAGUGGUGUGUCACGUAGAGGUAUUCCUCACAAUGUGCACAUUAUCUCUGGUUGGCCGCUUUAGAAUCUUAGCUGAUUUUUAAAUGAUGCCUAAUUGACGCUUUUUAAAGGACGCCCAAUAUAAAACUGCAGAAUUUCGUACCAGGCUUUGGUUUAAAGCACAGUGCAUUGCCAGUCAUCCCUCCACACAUGGUUUUAGUUUUGUUUAUUUGUGGGUUUUUUUUUUUUUUAUUCAAAGUGCCCCUUAACUGUUUCAUCAGCCAUGCUUUUACUCUUUUUAUUGAAUAACAUUUUAUUUUGUUUUUUAACCCAUACUACUAGUUAUACCAUAGUCCUUGGUAAGAAGGAAUUUAUGUUCUGUCUCCUGACAGCCAAGAUUUCUGAAUCCCAUUCUAAAAUCAAAUUGACACCCUUAAAAUCGCUAAUAUUAAUACAAUAUGUAGGUCUGUCUGUCUGUUACAUUUUUAAUACCAGUUAAGUUUUAAUAGAAAUGCCUACCUUCUGGCCAGGGCAGUAAUUUUGUUAGUUCAGGUCUGUGUACAGGUUAGUUUGGAUUGGUUGUUGGUAGUGCAUUGAAGAUUGGUAAAGUAAAUACAAACGUAUUUUCAAAUUCAAUCAAAAGGAAAAAGUAAAAAAAAAAAACGCAAAAAAAGUGUGCAACAUAUUGAACCAUGUAGAGUAGCCAAUGGAAAGGAAUGGAUCCAAGACUAGGAGUAACAAGCUUAGUUGUCCCCGAUGUAAAACACUAUUUAUGCUUUUAUUUAAAAAAAAAAGAGAGAAAAUCAUAUUUCCUUUAGCCAACAGAAUUUCAGAACUACAGUAAACCACCCAAUGCCAGGCAAUAUCUCCAGUUGUACCCCACAGUGAUGCUGGUACAGCAAUCAUUUAUGCACUCUAAGCUAGGCGAAUAAUCAUUGUUACAAUAUUUAAUUGUAAUAUUGUGUCUCAUCUGUAGAGAUGAUUCCAUUUACACCAAGAAAAAGUCCUUCCUUUUCUGAAGCAUUGUAAUCUUCUUGGAAUAAGCUAUCCUGUUUGGGGGGGGGGGGGGGGGAGCAGGUUUUCAAUUCUUACUACUAACCUAGGGAGAUACUGGUCCAUUAAUCUUACAGAACACCAAUGAUUAUUGGUGGUCUGGAAUGGGUUUUCGGUAGUGGGUCCAGUAUGGUUGGAUUAAGAGGACGUAGUAGUUCUCAAUUUUGUUUUCAGUCCAUUUUCUUGAGGCAGUUGACUGUGUCUGAAGUUUUGGUGAGUGAUAACAGUCCAAAAACUCUGUUAACUAGGGUGCUUGGUGACCUUCUAGGAGCUGUGCAAGCUUGUCUCUUUCCUGGGGUUAGUGAGUGCUUGGGAUAUAACCGAUUUAUAAAUCAGAGGAAACACACAUGCAAUAAACUGAAUCUUGAGACUAGAACCUCAAUUACCAUCAUUAAAAUUAUUGCAAACUUGGGCAUUAAAAAAAAACAAAAAAAAAAAAACAUUCGGCCAUUGGGCGAAUGACCUCCGAUGAUGAGGAUGACGACAAAAAGCCUAGAAGAAGCUGAGUGGCUUGACAUAAUAGUAGUAUAGUGAUUUAUUGAGCAAUGAGAAACUCCAAAGUAUAGUAACAUGAAGGUAAAACUUUAAUAUGAUUUUUUUUUUAAUGAAACAAGGGACCAGUAAAGUAUGAAACAAACAGAAUGCAGCAAAAACCAAGAAUAACCCCCUCCCCAAAGUUAAUAUUCCAGCCAAAUUAGUACCAUUCAUGCCAUGUCCCAACAAAUCCCAAGUGAACAUCCUCUGACCCCCACCCCCGAGUAAGUGUUGUUUGCCCGAUAGAUUUGGCGAACACAGAAUGUUGAGAUAUGGAGUCAAACAUCACCUCCUAAUGAGUUGUGGCUGUUUUGAUAUCUGUGGGAUUCCAGAUAUAGGAUUGGUGUCUGACCAAGUCUUUUUUAUGAUCUGUUAGUUGUCUACAUCCAUUUUAAACGAAACAUUUUUAACAAAUUAAAAUUAAACAUUUUGAUCUCAAUGAAACACCUUAAAGACAGAAAAAAACAUAACUUUCAGAUAUCGCUUGUAGGGGUAAGCAAUCACAGACAGUCGAAACAUUAAUAUAUUUCUGGAUGUUUUAUCUCACACACUGAUUUUGGAUGUAACAACACAUGUUUGAGUGUCAUUUGCUCCCCCAGUAAAGUGAAAGGUCCGCUAUUAGAGCACCUUUAAAGACAUUUUCAAAGUAUAAAAAAACACUUAUUUGGAAAUGACCUAAAAAUACAAAUUGGCACAACCCAAGUCCCCCUCCCUAAGUGAUGAUUUAAACUGAUUUUAACUCUGAUACAUGUGCACCGUGCAGGCGUAUCUAGAUUGUAAGCUCUUUUGUGCAGGAUGCUCAUCAACCUAUUGUUCCUGUAACAUCUUGUAUUGUUAAAUAUCCCCCCCCCCCCCUUUUAUACUCUUGUAAAGCGCUGCAGACUAUUUUGGCGCUAUAAAAAUGACAACAAUAAUACCUAAAUCUGGAAUUAUGAAAACCUGAGAAGGUAAUUGUACAUUUUAGGGCAGACUUUUGAACUAAAAAUUACAAUUCUCUUGUAAGUUUUCCACAAUUCCCUGUUUGGCGAAUACACCCCAGAAUAAUCUAGGGAGGCAUUCAAGUUGCAUAUUUGUCUACCCUUGAAGUACACAGCAUAUUGGGAAAGGAACAUAAAAGCAGUCUUCCCCAUCACAUCCAUUUAUGCACCUUCAUAUCUGCUUUUUCCGUGUGUCUGGACAAUGAAUUUUAUGUAUGUGUUUAAAAACAAGAAGGAAGAGAGACAAUCUCUCCCAGCAGGAUUGCAAGGAUUCAGGCAUGUCCGCCUGUGUGUAGGAAUAUAUACAUAUUUGUGUAGGUAUAUUUAGUUGUUUAUGAGCUUUGUUUUAAGUCUGUGUAUUUCUUCUGUACAUGUUUAGCUGUGUAUGGUAGUGUAUAAACAAGUAUGUAUAUGUGUGUACAGUGUAAAAUAAAAUUACUAAACUUUGAACAUGUAUUUAAAUAUUGCUCAUGUCCCCACCCUCUAAACAAUUAAUAAAAAAUUGUCACCAUUACUGCA